AUGUCCCCUCAGGUGCUCUCUGACCCCUUGGGGGGCACACCUCAUAGCUUCCGGUCUCUGUGUGGAGACCGCCAGCAGGACUCAGUUAACUGCCCAGUUGGUACAGUGCUGGGGUUUCUGCAGGAUCGAUCCUCCACAGGGUUAGCCCACUCCACCCUGAAGGUCUACGUGGCGGCUAUUUUGGCCUACCAUGCCCCUCUGGGUGGCUCCUCAGCAAGAAAUGCCACAGAGCUGAAAAAAAGGGUACAGAAAAUCUUUGAGAGACUUCAACUUCAAGGCAAGCAUGAUCAAAAACUGACAGCUGCAUACGUUCUUGGGAUAACCAAAGAUUCAUCAAAGUCCCAUGAGUCUUGUGCUGAAAAGGAUCUGGUUCAGACUUUACUACAAAAACUACUGAUGAUGAACUACAGAGCAAGAUAUGUUAAAACUGAACAAAUCCAAAAUAAGCAUAUCACACCACAAAGACAAACUGACAUAUGUGAAGAUGUUAAUUUUUUUGAAGAAAUGUCUUUUUCAAAUGAAAUAAUGACCAAAACUGAUGGGGUUCACCCGAUGGAUGUUCAGAUGGCCGUGUUUCAUUGUGCUGAUGGCUUUCUGAAGCAGCUGAUGGUGACUAAACUGUCCCAGUGUCAGUACGCUCUGCCUCUGCUUGUUCCUCAUCCAUUCACACGACAGAUUGAGUUUCCUCUCUGGACAUUCAGGCAAAUCAGCAAGAGCUGGAAGAUGAGAAACAACAAUGACGAAAUCAUCAGUCAAAAUCAGCCAAUCUACAAGACACAAACUCCAAUCGUGUUUUUCUUCAGGUUUGGCUCUAUGUCUUCAUCCAAGUCUCAGCUGAUGAACAGUCUGAUCAAUGAGAAACACAACACGUUCUUCCACAGGAACUGCCCAGGCAGCAGCAGAACCAGAGUCCUGAUGGAUGGAGUGGUGGAGAUCGCCUGGUUCUGCCCCUCUGGGAAAGACACAGAUAAAUUCACUGACUGUGUUGCUUUCUGUAAUCUACACGGUGAUGCAGCAGACCAUGAGAAACAGCUGCAGAUUCUCAAUAAAAUGGCCUCAGUCAAUGUUGUUCUUCUACCACAAAUUGACAGAAAUGACAGAAGCAUGAUAAAAGUUCAAGAACUCUACAAGGACUCAAAGCCACUCAUUUGUCUUUUUACAGAGGAAGUUUCAAAUGUCACUGAGACACGGAAAGGAAAAUACAAGAUUGGUUUAAAAGACAGAAAUCAGUCAGAUGUAUCUGAAGAACUCAUAAAAACUAUAAAUGAUUGUCUGUCAGAAUCAUCUUCCACUUUCAGGCUUGAAGAUGUGUCCAAAUUCUUAGACAUCAGAGUAGAUGAGGAAGAUGAUGAUGACUGCAGAAGAGGAAGAGAAGCAGCACAGCAGAUAAUUAGUUUACUGAAGAAACAAGAUCUGACAGAAAUCAAAGAAUCAUUUCUGCCCUGUCAGGGGAAACUGUGGCAUCAGUGGUGCCAGAAAAACAAAGAACUACAUCGACCUCAAGCAGAAGACAUAGAAAUGGAAACGUGUAGAAAAAAGGAAGAAAUGAAGAAAAUCCGUAAACAGCAACAUGAAUCUGACACCAGUGAGUUUAUGAAGCUCUUUACUAACAAAGUGAAUUUGCAUGGUUCAAACAUGAUGUUUUUCCUCAAAUGGCUUGGAAUUCUCCUAGAUGAGCAUACAUCAGCUGAUCUCUCUGCUCUGCAUCAAAAAUAUGAUGAACAAUGGUCAGCAGUCCUAAAGCUGAAAGACAAUCAUGCUAAAUCUAAACAACUGGCAUAUGAACAAGAUCAACUUGAGGAGAUAUCUAAAGAACUCCAAGAUGCAACCUUUGGUUUGGAGCACAUUAUGAGGGAGAUUGGUCAGAUUUAUGAAUCCUGUUCAUCUGUGAAUAAGAACAAGAAAGACCUGCAGAUUCACUUCUCUUCCCUCCCGCAUUUUGCAGCAGAGAUGAUGAUCUCUGGAUUUCCACUGGAGCUGAUGGAUGGAGAUGCUGCUCAUGUUCCUGUGACCUGGAUCUCUGCUGUUCUAGAUCAACUCAUCCAGAAACUGGGAGACCAGAGAGUCUUUGUGCUGUCCGUUUUAGGGAUUCAGAGCUCUGGGAAAUCCACCAUGCUGAAUGCCAUGUUUGGACUCCAGUUUGCUGUCAGUGCUGGCAGGUGCACCAGAGGAGCUUUCAUGCAGCUGGUCAAAGUGUCAGAUGAGAUGAAAACAGAGAUGAACUUUGACUAUAUUUUGGUUGUUGAUACUGAGGGUCUUCGUGCUCUAGAACUCGCUGGAAGAUCAACAAGAAAUCAUGAUAAUGAAUUGGCCACAUUUGUUGUUGGUCUUGGAAAUCUGACCUUGAUCAACAUAUUUGGUGAAAACCCAUCUGAGAUGCAGGACAUUCUUCAGAUUGUCGUUCAGGCCUUCCUGAGGAUGAAGAAGGUAAAUUUGACUCCCAGCUGUGUGUUUGUGCAUCAGAACGUUUCAGACGUCACAGCUGGAGAGAAAAACAUGGAGGGAAGGAGACGACUGCAGGAGAAACUGGAUGAGAUGACAAAACUUGCUGCUAAAGAGGAAGACUGUGAUGUUGAAUGUUUCAAAGAUGUAAUUUCAUUUAAUGUACGGAAAGAUGUAAAGUAUUUUGCUCAGCUCUGGGAGGGCAGCCCACCAAUGGCACCACCAAACCCAACCUACUGUGAGAAUAUUCAAGAACUAAAGAAAACCAUUAUUUCCCAGUCAUCAGGAUCGCAUGGAAUGAUGCUAAAAGACAUAAAAGUUCGUAUUAAUGAUCUCUGGGAGGCUUUACUGAAUGAAAGAUUCGUCUUCAGCUUCAGAAAUUCUCUGGAGAUUUCAGCCUACAGGAAACUGGAAAGAGAAUACAGCAAGUGGUCCUGGAGUCUUCGCAGUGCCAUGAUGGAAACUGAGAACAAACUGCACAAUCAAAUAGAAAAUGAAGCUAUUCAUGAGGUUGAGGAAACUUAUCUUCAAGGAGAACUGAAUAAAACAAGUGAAGAAGUGGAAAAAUCAAUGACUGAAUUCUUUGAGAAAGACAAAGAUAAAGAUAUACUGAUUCAAUGGAAAACAUCAUUUGAAAUCAAAAUCAAAGAGCUUCAGGAAAGUAUUGUGAGAGAAACAAAACAGAAAUUAAAUGAUAUUCUUCAGCAGUGGAACCUGAAGAAAAAGAUUGAUGCUCAGAGGAAACAUCAUGAAAAUACUCUCUAUGAAAAGAGCAAAGAACGUGCCUUAAAACUCAAAGGCAAAGCAAAUGAUCAAAAAACACUGAAAGACGAGUUUGAUUUGUUUUGGGAACAAAGUGUCAAGAGCAUCAUCAGAGACAGUCCUGCAAUCAAAGACAUUGACAUAAUGAAAGAUGUGAGAAAGAUCCUCAUUAAUGUCAAUAAAAGUGCACCUGAUAAUGACCUAAACAAACACACUGAUAUUUUCUCUGUGCAGAGCUAUUCAGAUUAUGUAAAGAAAUCCAGUGGAUUUGUCAGAAAAGCUAAAGAAGUGUUUGGUUAUGGCCCUCUAUCUAAAGAAGAUGAAGCCCAAAUAAGAUCAUUUGUCACAGAUGUUGCCCUGAAGACAGACAAAAUGAUUCAGUCAUUUAACAUUUCAAAGAUGGGCUACAACUUCAGCUACAUUCAACAACUCACAGAUUGCAUCAAGGCAAGUGUAAUACAACAUCAGGAAGAAACAAGUAAAUAUGUGUUAAAGUCUAAAUUCUUUAUAGAUUUGGUUCUUUCUAUCUGUGAGAGAGCAAACAAGAUGAUCACUGACCAACACAGACAGUUCAGGGAUGUCAAUGAUCCUGUAAUAUAUGUUGAGAAGAAGAAAGAAGAGUACUACACAAUUUUCCAGAAGCAUCUACAUGGUGCCACAUCAGCUGCCAUUUUUGGUGAGAUCAUCAGUCAGAAGCUCAAAGAGCCCAUUGAGCAGAGUGUCUACAAGAAGACUGCCAGAGAUUUAGCAGAUGAAAUGAGAUCAAACUGUGAAUCACUGAAGGGAAACAGAUCAAAUCUAGAGAAACACAUCCUGAAGACACUGGCAGAAAAGGAAGAUUUUGACAAAUACAUGAACUACAUUAAUAAUCCAAGAGAUCACUUACAGAGAUUCAUCAGAGAUGAAGUCAGUCGGUACAUCACUGAUAAGUUCAGUGUCAGUGUUUUACCGAAGAUGAAGGAGAACAUUGAUCUUCUGCAGCAGAAGAUCAUGAAAGCAGUACAUGAAUCUACUGAACGUGUUCAAGUGAACAGUGGAGAUGUUAGUUUAUGGUUGAAGAGUUUUACACAGCAGCUCUCAGAUGUGUUGAUCUUCUCUGAAAAAGACCUCAGUGGAGUGAAACAUGAUGAUGUUGAUGAUUUCAAGCUCCUAGAAGAUGUAAUUAGAAAAGAACUUCCUACUAUAAUAUCUGACAUGAGCAACACAAAGACAUUUCCAGUAAAUCUGGACUCUAAGUACAGGCCAGAUGAGCUUCUGAUUAAUCAUUUCUGUCAGUGCUGUUGGGUUCAGUGUCCAUUCUGUGGAGCCACCUGCACCAACACAAUAGAAAACCAUCCUGGAGAUCACAGUGUUCCUUUCCAUCGAGUGGAUGGGCUUAAAGGAUGGUACUACUAUCAAACAUCUUAUCUCAGUGCUGAUUUUUGCACAACUUUAGUGACAAGUAGAAAACAAUUUCUUGUUUCUAAUGCAUGGAUUCCAUGCAACGAUUAUAGAAGAGCAGGAGGAGUUUAUGCAAAGUGGAGCAUCACCCCUGACCUCUCUGAACUGCCGUACUGGAAAUGGUUUGUGUGCAGAUUCCAGAAAGAUCUGGAAAACUACUAUAAUAAAACAUUCAAGAGUCAUGGUGAGAUUCCUGCCGAAUGGAGAAAUCACAAAAAAGAAGAUGCUAUUCAGAGUUUGGAUCAAUUUCUGACUCCUGAAUGUUCUUCCAGAGUCCAGAUCUCACAGCUGGAUCCACAGACGCCUUCUGGAGCUUUGAUUCAUGUGCCACGUUACUUGGGAAACCUGCUGUUCAGAGUCUGGAAGAAGAUGCAGGACAUUGUCCAAAACACUCCUGUGAUUCUGGAUCCAAACACGGCUCAUCCAUCUCUCAUCCUGUCUGAUGAUCUGACCAGU